AUGUCACUGCAUCAUAUGACGCCACAGAGACAGGCCAUCCGUGAUAAGUGGGGCAGCAUUUUUGAACUGGAACCUUUACCGGGCUCGAGUGAAUAUUUCCCCAUCGAAGUGUUCUUUGUUCUGGGCGUCAGUAAAAACAAGACUUUGAACGCAGCUGUCGCCAUGGAAGCGGAAGUGAAGAAGGACAUCAUCGUGGCAGAAUUUGACGACAGCUACUUCAAUCUCACUCGCAAGGUUCUCAUGGCAUUCAAGUGGGUCAAGGAAUUCUGUCCGACUGCGAAAUACGUGAUGAAGGUUGACGAAGAUACGUAUUUAAACAUUCCCAAAUUUGUAGCUUUGAUACAGUCCCUUGAGUGGAACAAUACACUGUUUGGACCAUACUUUUUCGUCGAUCCAGUGCUAAGAACCGGAAAAUACGCCAUUUCGAAAACAGCAUUUCCGGCUCCAAAGUUUCCACCACACAUUAAAGGGAACGCGUAUUUCAUGCCAAUAGAUGUUGCAAUGAAAAUCUUAAUUGUGUCAGAACAUAUGCCGUAUGUCAGUAUGGAAGAUGUUGCAAUCACGGGUGUACUGGCCAAAAUAUUUAAUUUUAGACACUUCGGUUCAGCCAAAGACCAGUACUACAUUCACAAGGCCGCGUCGACAUGUGAACUAGUCACCGGAAGUAUAAUAAUCUCACAGCAGAUAUUUGUUGAUACAUUUUAUAAAAUCUGGGACAGAGUUAAGAACAAUUCCAUGUGUAAAACGGUCAAAUGA